ACGUUACAGCGCGUGCGCCAAAAACUACACAAUAGAUGCGUGAAGUUCAGCGUAUACUAUAGUAUUAUAAUACAGUGAAGGCGAAUAGUUUAUUUAAAAAAAUAUUUUAAUAAUAGGAAUCAUGGAGUAUGACUAUCAAGGAAUGGCACAGCAGCAAGCAGCAGCCAUGGCCUCAAGUGGGAACUCAGCAUCUGGCAUCCAUCCUUCUAUGGCUCAGUUUUCGAUGUUACCAGCAGGUCUUAAUUUAACAAUGAAUGUUGCUAAUCAGUUAGCAGGAGCUGGAUUACAGGGAUCACAUUUUCCAAAUAACAAUGCUCCCAGUCAUUUCUCUCAUGGAUCACAUCUCAUGGGAACGUAUCCAGCUGCUAAAAGUGGUGGUGGGAAGAUGAAAAAGAAGCCAAAGAUGAACAAAAAUGGCAUGCUUGCACCAAAACGUGCCACCACUGGAUAUAUUAAUUUCACUCAAUGGUAUAGAGAAGAGAUGAAAAAAUCAGGAAGACAAGUACCCAAGGUAAGUUGUUAUAGAAGAAGAAGACUACGUGGUCUGCCACGAUCACACUCCUCCCAAAGAAAAACACCAAUUAAUUCAAAUAAAUAUCCACUGCUGUUUAUUUUCUUAAACCUCCUUAUAAAUAACCCUCCACUUUCAUAG